ACGCAAUCGGUUUCAAAACAAUGUUAUCGCCAACACAGCAAACUUUGGACUGGAAACGCUGUGAAUAUUAGCUGAGAAAAGGGUCGUGUUUUUUCUUUCCCAGCAGGUCCAGCAAAAAAAAGCCCACAGUGCAAAAGUAUUCGUACGCACGAGACCGCACGCCAUUGUUGCCAUUUGUUGUUUGUUUUCCGUUUUGCAUUUGUUAUUAGGUAGGGUUUUACGUUGUUUUGUUUUGCCCAGACCCAGACCGAGGCGUUUGUUAUUUAGUUGCGUAGUACCAGUAUAGUGCGUGUUCACGUGAGGCAGCAGGAUGUUGGACCUGUUCACGAUCUUCACCAAGGGUGGCAUCGUGCUGUGGUGCUUCCGCAGCACCAACCAGCUCUUUGCACCGUCAGUAAAUGCGCUAAUUAAGAGCGUCAUCCUACAGGAACGUUCCGGCGUGUACGAUCACGAUGGCCUGUCGCUCCAGUACAAGCUGGACAACGAGUUCGAGCUGGUGUUUGUGGUCGCGUUCCAGAAGAUACUGCAGCUCUCCUACAUCGACAAGUUUCUGAGCGAUGUGCAUCUGGAGUUUCGCGACCGAUACAAGAACGAUCUGCGCGUUGACAAUCGCAACUACGGGGCGGACUUUGAGUUCGGGGCCGACUUCCGGCGCAUCCUCGAGCGGGCGGAAAAGUGGGGCCGGCAGCAGGCCACCAUGCCGAAGCAGAUGCGCAGCUACGAGGAUUCGGCCAAAUCGAAGAAAACGGUCGCCUCGAUGAUAGAGCGCAAGGGCGAGGAGAAGCCACCGGCCGGGGCGGGCAGUGGCAGCAAGAAGUCGGUCAAGAUAGCGGAGAAGAAGAAGGCGGCGAGUGAGCUGCUGGCGGACAGUGACGGGAUGGAGGCGCCCCGUUCACCCCGCUCCAACGGGAGCCCGCCCGAGCUGGGCGAGGAUCUAAUUAUGGAGAGCCGCAAAAAGUUUGCGGAAAAGAUGAAGGGCGGUAGCGGCGGCGGCGGCAAGGGCAGCAAGCUGGAGAAGCAAAAGUCGCCGAAAUCGCCGCAGCAGCCGCAGAAGGGCAAGCAGAUGCGCGUGUGGGAUCUGGGCGGCAACACGAAGGAUCUGCCCAACCUGGACCGCAGCAAGGACCGGCCGGAGGACGUGAAGAGCGACUUCACGCCGAACGAUCAAAUCAUUGGCAGCAUGCGCGGUGGCAUCCGCGAUCUGGACGUUGAGUCGGACAGCGAGGAGGACGACGAGGACGAGGACGAGGAGGAGGAAGAGUACGAGGAGCAGCAGCAGCAGCGUGGUGGCAAAAAGCCGUCCUCCUCCUCCCGCGGGGGCAUGUUUUCCAUGUUCAAGGGGCUGGUCGGGUCGAAGAAUUUGACCCGCGACGACAUGCAGCCGGCGCUGGACAAGCUGCGCGACCAUCUGAUCGGCAAGAACGUCGCGUCGGACAUUGCGCAGAAGCUGUGCGACUCGGUGGCGGGCAAGCUGGAGGGGCGCGUGAUCGGCACGUUCGACACGAUCGCCACCACGGUGCGGAACACGCUGACCGAGGCCCUGGUGCAGAUACUGUCGCCCAAGCGGCGCGUCGACAUACUGCGCGACUGUCUGGAGGCGAAGCGGGCCGGCCGCCCGUUCGUGAUGAGCUUCUGCGGCGUGAACGGGGUGGGCAAGUCGACCAAUCUGGCCAAGAUUUGCUUCUGGCUGAUCGAGAACAAUCUGAGCGUGCUGAUUGCGGCGUGCGACACGUUCCGGGCCGGCGCGGUCGAGCAGCUGCGCACGCACAUGCGCCACCUGAACGCGCUACACCCGGCGAAAAGGCAUGGCGGUCGCAGUAUGGUGCAGCUGUACGAGAAGGGGUACGGGAAGGAUGCGGCCGGCAUUGCGAUGGAAGCGAUCCGGUACGCGAACGAUAGCAAGAUCGAUGUGGUGCUGAUCGACACGGCCGGCCGGAUGCAGGACAAUGAGCCGCUGAUGCGUGCGCUCGCGAAGCUGAUCAAGGUGAACGAACCGGACCUGGUGCUGUUUGUGGGCGAGGCGCUGGUGGGGAAUGAGGCGGUCGAUCAGCUGGUCAAGUUCAACCAGGCGCUGGCCGACUACUCGUCGAGCGAGCGGCCCCACAUCAUCGACGGCAUUGUGCUGACGAAGUUUGACACGAUCGACGACAAGGUCGGUGCGGCCAUCUCCAUGACGUACAUUACCGGGCAGCCGAUCGUGUUCGUCGGCACCGGGCAAACGUACACCGAUCUGAAGGCGCUGAACGCGAAGGCCGUUGUGCAUGCGCUGAUGAAGUAGGGGGGCUACUUGAAGGGGGGAGCGGUCAAAGGGUUCAUAUCUCCCAGGGGGUUCAUCCAAUCCUUACACAUGCAGCUAGUCACACAAACACACACACACACAUACCCAUUCAUUUCACACAAACAACUGGAUAGAAACCCUUUAAUGGCAAUGGUUACCAUUAAUUCCAAUUUGAAUUCCACCCACAAUCCAAUUUCGUGCAAUCGUUUAACCGGAAAUCACACAGCAAACACCCACACAACUAGCCGAAUCUAGAUAAUUAAUAGUUGGGAGAGGAAGGGAGAAAGGAAGGUGUAUUAGGGCGAGGGGGGUGGGUCGGUGAUGCCCCCAUCCCCACAAACCAAUUAGGAGAAGGGGAGUGAUUUUUUUUUUCUUCUAGGGGGUACAUUCGGGAAAAAAGGAAAGGAUGUCACGACAAAAUCAAGGAUCUUUUAUGAGAAAGCGAUAAGAAACAAAAAAGAAGGCGUGAAAAAUAUAUACAAAAAAUAUUCCUUACAA